AUGACUUCAAUGAAAGUCGCCAUUGCCGGAGCUACCGGCGCCGCCGGCAUACCUAUGAUCCAAGAGUUGCUUGCAGCAGGCCAUCUGGUUACAGCCUUAACCCGUGUUGGAAGUAGUGGCGCAUCCAAGCUUCCCAGCCAUCCGAACUUGAGCAUUGUUGCAGUGGACUACGAGUCUAUCUCUUCACUCACGAAUGCCCUCGAAGGCCACCAAGCCGUGGUGGCAUGCUUCGGGGUCGCAACCCCAAUCGGCAGCCAGGAUGUUCUGAUCGAUGCCUCCGUGGUGGCGGGUGUGAGCCGAUUUUUCCCCGCCGAGUUUGGCACCGACACGGACAACUCGAGAUGCGCGAAUCUCCCUGUGUUUGCGAACAAGGUUCACGCGCUAGAGUACCUCAAGAAGAAGGUUCAGGCGAAUCCGGGAUUCAGCUACACUGCCCUCUGUCCCGGCGCAUUCCUGGACUGGGGCUUGAAACAUGCCUUCUUCGUCGAUCCGAAGACACACAGUGCCACCAUAUAUGAUGGUGGCAAUUUACCGUUUAGCACAACAACGCUAACUACCAUCAGCAAGGCUGUUGUGAGCAUUUUGGCCCACCUUGAGGAAACGCAGAAUCGGCACCUCUAUAUCCAUGAUGCGGUGGUAACCCAGAACCAGCUCAUUGCGAUCGCUAAAAAGAUUGACGGAAAGGACUGGGACCUUGCGCACACCACCACCUCUUCUGCUGAAGCCAGCGCCUAUGAGGAACUCGAGAAGGAAAAACCGGACCCUAUGAAAUUUCUCUUCCCUCUCCUCCAAGUGUCCGUCUUAGCUGAAGGAUACGGUGGUGACUUUUCGGCUCAUCUGGACAACAAACUGCUCGGAAUUGAGGGCAUGGAUGACGCCGAGCUGGCAAGUUUGAUGGCAAGAUAUUUGUGA